CACCAUGAGUUUCAACUUCCACAUCCCAUUGUCCUUCAGGGACCUGUUGAAGAGUGGAGGCAUUGGACAGUAUGUGGUGCAAGAAGUCCUACCCCUGCGGCAGCUGGAGUCGCAGCUUAGCGCCUUCCAGAGUUCAUUCCGUGCCGAAGGCCCCCUCGCGGUCCUUCAGCACUUUGAUGCUUUGUACAGCAUAGUACACCACUUUAGGUCCCUAGACACUGCUCUGAAAGAAGACAUUCUUGAUGUGAUGGUAAAAGUUACCUCACGGCAUGCCAGUGAACUUCCUGCUGUCUUGGAAGAUCUUUCUUUGCCUCAACCCCAGCGCAAUGCCCAUCUCAACACUUUGAAGAUGACCUGUUUCCUUCUCACACAGCUCACAGAAGCUUUUGAGGCGGAGACAUACAAAGCUGCAUUGGGGAACGUGGAACCCACUGGGAAGGGGAAGAAGACAAAGUCCAAAAUGGAUGGCUUCAACUGGGAGAUGGAGAGAGAGAAGGUCCUGCAAACACUUACUCACCUCUUGCAGCUUGAUCUCCGCCGACUCUGGAGCAUGUCUGUAGUGGAGGAAGAGUUUGUUAGCAUGGUGACCGGCUGCUGCUACAAAAUGAUGGAGAACCCCAACAUAGGCCUGGCAAAAAACAAGUCUGUACGGGAUGCACUGGGACAUCUCCUUGGGGUGAUGGUGAAACGUUACAAUCACAUGCUUAGUGCCAGUGUGAAAGUGAUUCAGCUGUUGCAACACUUUGAACACCUGGCUUCUGUUCUGGUCCAGGCUGUGAGUUUGUGGGCCACAGAAUAUGGCAUGAAGCCAGUGGUGGGGGAGAUCAUGAGGGAGAUUGGGCAAAAGUGUUCUCAGGAUCUGUCUCGGGAGAGUUCGGGAAUAAAAGCUAUCGCUGCCUUUUUAACAGAACUAUCGGAGCGUAUUCCAGCCAUAAUGAUGCCAAGUAUCAGUGUCCUGUUGGAUUACCUGGAUGGAGAUAAUUACAUGAUGAGAAAUGCAGUGUUAACAGUGAUGGGAGAAAUGGUUAUCCGUGUGCUCAGUGGAGACCAACUGGAGGAGGCUGAAAGGAACACACGAGAUCAGUUCCUGGACACCCUGCAGGAGCACAUACAUGAUGUGCAUACGUUUGUGCGGAGCUGUGUCCUGCAAAUAUAUAACAAAAUCGUACAAGAAAAGGCCCUUCCUCUGACCCGCUUCCAGUCGGUGGUCACUCUCGUUGUUGGUCGUCUUUUUGACAAGUCUGUUAAUGUUUGUAAGAAUGCAAUCCAGCUCCUGGCUUCAUUUCUAGCAAAUAAUCCCUUCACGUGCAAGCUAAGCAGUGCUGAUCUGCGGGAGCCGCUUGAAAAAGAGAUCACAAAGCUCAAAGAAUUAAAAGAGAAACUCCAAGAAAAGCGCCCAGUUGUGGUCAUUUCUCCUGAGGAAGAGUGGGAAGCCAUGUUUCCAGAGGUGCAAGAGGCUUUCCACGUUCUAAAGGAUGAGGAAGUGGAAGGCGAUGUCCAGGAUGAUGCAGAAACACCUGAAGAGCUGUGUGAACAAAUACUACUACUUUUGAGAAAGACCAGUUACAAGAAUGCUAUCCUGCUGGUCCAGAGAGGUGCUUCUCGUUUCCCGGGACAUGCUUUAUUUGUAGGAUCCACAGAAGAUGAAGCAAUGUUGGGCAUUCUGGAACAAAUCUUUCUAGGGAAGCUGCCUGGUUCAGAAAGCACCUCAAAUGAUGAAGAUGACUCGGCCAAGGCAGACCCCUCAGAGGAGUCCUCUGAGCAAUCUAACCAAGAAACUCAAAGCGCCGAUUUGAAAAAACUGGAGAUGCUGGUCCAGUACCUGACCGAUGCUUACAACUUUUCAGUGAAGAUUGAGGAAGCAAUUGAUGUGAUCAGCAAAAUGAUGUAUGAGACUGCUGUUUCAGUGGUGCAGGAAGUCAUUGAGUUCUUUGUCACGGUGUCACAGUUUGGGGUGUCUCAAGCUGUGCUUGGAAUUCGACGCAUGCUGCCCCUGGUGUGGUCUAAGGAGCCGGGUGUACGAGAGGCUGUGCUCAGUGCUUUCCGGCGGCUAUAUCUCUGCGCCAAUGGGGAAUCUGACCGGGUGAAAGCUCAAGAUUUGGUUCGUAAUCUCUCACUUCUCAUGGUAGAUUCUUCUGCUGCAAUGAUCCAGUGUUUGGAGGAGAUAGUUUCUGAAUUCAUCACAAAAGGUGAAAUCCGUCCCUCUGUGAUACAGCUGCUUUGGGAAAAGUUCACCCAGAAGUCUGCUUGUUCACCAUUGGAGAGGCAAGCAGCUGUUAUGUUACUGGGAAUGAUGUCUCGAGGUCAGCCAGAAAUUGUGGUCAGUAACUUGGACACUUUGGUGGCGGUGGCACUGGGAGACAACGUGCAGGAAGACUACCAGCUGGCCAGAGACGUUUGUAAUAGCAUCUUGAAGAUAACAGACGGUCAAAAGUCAUCAAUUGGCAAGAGCGGCACACCCUUCCGGCUGCCGAAGGAUCACUCUCUCUUUGUGCGUCUAACAGCAGCGGUGGCCGGUGGGAUUGGACAGCCGGGCCUGUAUUGGCUGCCCUUUAAAGAGACCGCAGUGAAAUUGGUUUAUGAACUUGCUGAAGAGCCAGACGAAAUCUGCGCGGAGAUUCUUCAGCGCUGCAGUCGUAUUGUUCUGGAGCAGCUCGAUUCUCAGGAAGUAGGCUCUACCCUGCCGGCGUUUCACCUUACUCACUUGCUGUCACUGGCUGGAGAUAUUGCGUUACUCCAAGUUGUCUAUCUGGAGCGGGCAGUCAGCUCUGAAUUGAGGCGAAGGAGAGUAUUAAAGGAAGAACAGGAGGCUGAGAAACUGGGCAGCGGCAAGCAAAGUAAGAGCAAGGGGAAUGAAAGCACCAUGGAGGAAGAACUUGGGUUGGCUGGGGCUUCAGCGGAUGAUAUUGAGGCUGAUCUGAUCCGGAAGAUAUGUGACACUGAGCUACUUGGGGGGCAGCAAUACCUCUCUGCUUUCCUGCCGCUGGUGCUCCAGAUCUGCAGUAAUCCUGGGAAAUACAGCGAUCCCGAUCUCUCCACAGUAGCCACACUGACUCUCGCCAAGUAUAUGAUGAUCAGCUCAGAUUUUUGUGACAGUCACCUGCGAUUACUAUUUACUGUACUUGAGAAGUCUCCUUUCCCAAGAGUCCGCUCAAAUAUUAUGAUUGCCCUUGGUGACCUUAGUAUCCGCUUCCCUAACCUCAUUGAGCCGUGGACGCCGCAUCUCUAUGCCAGAUUGCGGGACCCCUCCCGAGAUGUUAGAAAGUCUUCUAGCCUGGUGAUGACCCACCUAAUCCUGAAAGACAUGGUGAAGGUGAAGGGUCAGGUCAGUGAGAUGGCUGUACUGCUCAUAGAUCCAGAUCAGGAGAUCUCUUCGCUGGCCAGGAAUUUCUUCAACGAGCUGGCCAACAAGGGGAAUUCUGUGUACAACCUUCUGCCUGACAUAAUUAGCCGCCUGUCUGACCCGGACUGUGGGGUUGAGGAGGAGGCUUUUCGCACGAUCAUGAAACAGCUGCUCUCCUACAUCACGAAAGACAAGCAGACAGAAAGCCUGGUGGAGAAGAUGUGUCACAGGUUCCGUACGGCCAGGACGGAGCGCCAGUGGAGGGACCUGGCCCACUGCCUGUCUCUUCUGCCCUUCUCGGAGAAAGGUCUGCGGAAGAUGCAGGAUUGUUUUGACUGUUAUGGUGACAAGUUAAGUGACGAUGACGUGUACAACUCCUUCCUGAAUGCUGUGGGGAAAAUGCGCAGAGGAGCAAAACCUGAACUCAAGACCCUAAUUGAUGAAUUUGAGCAGAAGUUGCGCAAGUGCCACAACAAAGGGCUGGAGAACAUGGAUGGCCCUGAAGAGCAGAUUCCAGAAGAACCGCAGUCUGCUAGAAAAAAUCCAACCACAAAGAGACGGCCGAUGUCUUCCAUCAAUGGUACGCAGAAGCCUAAAGAUGACUUCCAGACGCCCAAGCCGGCCACUCGCAAGAACACCCGCAAGCAUGUCGUCGUGACGUUCUCAAGUGAUGAAGAGUCUGAUUUGGAGGCUGAGCUGAGUGAAGCGGAGACUCCAAAGAACCCAACUCCCAUCAGACGCACUUCUACGCGAUCGAGAGCCAAGUGAAUGUGGCUUAAAUGCUUUGUGUUUUUUAAUGUAUGUUUUAAUUGCGCUUCUACCCACGGGGUGGGUAACUUUUUAACUUGUCUAUAAUAUUAAAUCUUAACUAUGUUUUUUAUA